AUGGGGCGGAUCCAGAACAUCCUGUUCUCUUCUAAGGCUAAUGUCCUUAUUAAUGGGUCUCUGAAUGGCUACAUUCGUUACCGUAGGGGACUGAGACAAUGCAAUCCACUAUCGUCUUUAUUGUUCGUCCUUAUUACAGAAGUUAUAAGCACAAUGUUCUCACAUGCUCUUAGGUCCAAAAUUUUGGUUGGUGUUCGUCUUGGAGAAUUUGGAAGUGGACUGGAGGUUCUUAGCAUCAUAAAGUUAAUACUUUAUCUGUUUAAAGGCAUGACAGCUGUGGAAACUUUAAACUGUGUAAUCGGCCUUCUUCCUGUUACCUACCUUGGCGUUCCACUCUCUGGAAGACUUCCCCGAAGACAAGAUUGGGAGGGGAUGAUUCUGAAAAUCAAAAGGCGUCUUUCUACUUCAAAAAUGCAGCACAUCUAG